AUGGCGUAUUCCUCAUACGACCAGUCGUGGUAUGAUCGUUGGGACCCUGACCCUCAACCACACGCACGCUACUACCGACACUCUCAUCGACACAGUGGCAAUCUCGCACCCGAGCCACAAUACUCCAACUUGCACCGCUCGCACUCACAAGGCCACAAUGUGCCCCAUCCCACCAACAUCCAUAUCCACAACAAGAUACCGAUCACCCAAGAGACGACUACUGUCCAACGGACAGAGGCAAGGCCUCCUCCCAUGCCGGCACCCAUGCCUCCUCCACCACAGUUCCAGCCAGUGCCCAUGAUGGUACCUCCUCCACCCAUGUUCGUCCAUCAGCACAUGCCAAUGAUGCAGCCCGCACCUCCCCCAAUGAUGGAUGCCCACGCCCUGCGAGCACAACGCCUAGGCGAACAGUUGCUCGCCGAAGAGUUUGCCGGAAUGCACCUCCAGCGCCAUCGCUCUCACUCUCGCGGUCGCUCACCCGACGACCGCCUCCGCUGGGACCUCGAACUCGAAGCCGAGCGUGAAGCCGCAAAACGCAAAAAGCAAGAGGCAGAUGCUGCAGCAGAGCGGCAACGCGUAAUCGACGAGCACGAACGCAAGAUCGCCGCCGAUGCAAAGGCAGCUGCAGACGCCGAGGCAGCAUUUAAACUAAGACUAGAACUGCAAGCCCGUGAGGAACAUGAACGCGAACACAAAGCCUACGAAGACUUCCUCCGCAGACAGCGAGAACAGGAAGAAGCAGACGAAAAAGCAUACCGCGAAGCCCUCCGCAAGCAAAAGGAAAAGGAAGAAGCCAAAGAGAGAGAAUACCAAGCCUUCCUCCGCCAGCAAAAGGAAAAGCAAGAAGCAGAGGAAAAGGCAAAGAAGGAGGAACAAGCACGCAUCGACUCUGCCAUGCGAGCACGCCUGGAGAAAUUAGGUUGGUCCCAACACGACAUCGAGAUUGCUCUUGACCCAGAAAAGGCGGAAAAGGAAAAGAAGAAAAAGAAGAAACACAGGCAUUCGGGAGAUGUGUAUCUCGAUGAAGAGAUUAUCGUGGUAGGCGGUACACCCCCUAGUUUGCCGGAUGCGCCUCCCCUUGCGGUUGGCUUCCCCCAACAUCAACAUCAUGUUCCCGUUUACCCUCGCAUCAAUCGCAAAUUCUUGGAUAUCGAGACGUUGGAGCAUUACCAUGUGCCUUGGGAAUGGGACCGUGUAAGUCGACUUUCUUUUCCCUCUUCAAACCAGUUCAACCAGCAGAACACUGACCCAAUACAGGCAAACUCGGAGUACAUCAUCCUGCUCCGCGAACUGGACAAGUACGAGACGGAUGUGCUGUUUGAACACACGCGUCGCCGUCGUCAAGGGUCUUCUGCACCGUUGCUGAUUGACAAGGUCAAGGAUUCGGGCCCAAAGUUCGCUUGGGUCAGACACAAGAGCAAGGAGAGGAGCAAGAGUAGAGGAAGAGACAUCAGGGUAACUGAGAUUGUGAGAAGAUAA